GUUCCGGGUGGGAGAUCGGCACACAGACAUACUCCAGAACCUGGCGAGAGGCUCUUGGCAACUCCCGUCUGCCGAAACCCUCCCCCCUUUCUGGCAAAGUUUAGGAUACAAUUCGGCCUGACCUCCUCUUCGCUGGGUAUACGAGACAUUCACCGGUUGACCAUGGCGGAGAACCGCACCGAUCCACCUCUGGCUCCCGCUGGUAACCCGAGCAAACUGCCCGCACCCAGACCGCUGGUAGCAAAACCGGCGCGCAAGAAUUCGUCGCUGGCCUGCAGCGAGUGCCGCGAGAAGAAAACCAAGUGUAUCGGAGGCGUGCCGUGCACCAAAUGUCGCGAACGCAAGACGGAAUGCAUCGUCAACGAGGCAUCCGAUAAGCGUCGGAAGCUGGACCUCAAGCGUAAGAUCCAGUCGCUCGAGCAUGAUCGCGAUCUCUUGUUCCAGCUCGUGAGCACCCUGCGCACCGACGAGAAUCGCAAUGCCUCCGAUGUCCUGAAUCUGAUCCGCAGCAACGCGUCGCUGGACGAGAUCCGCCUCUCCCUGGCGGAGAGCUUAAAUCCCCAGGAUCCGCAGACGCGGGCAGAAGGCCUGGGCCGCAAUACUCGGCAGAAAUAUAUGGACAUCAAUCGUCUGUCGGACAUCCCGCGGUGGCGUGUCUCCGCGCGACCAUGGACUACCGUGACCGACGACGAUGACCUGGUAUCUCAUUUAAUCUCCCUAUAUUUCUCCUGGAAUCAUCAGAUCCUCAACUGGAUCGACCGUGAUCUAUUCAUACGAGACAUGCAGUCGGGCAAUGUGGAUUCGCAGUUCUGUUCCCCACUCCUGGUCAAUGCGGUGCUAGCCAUGUCCUGCUUCUACUCGGAAUACCCGGAAGUGCUGGCCACGCCUGGGGACCCGUCGUCCAGUGGCGUUCAUUUCUACAACGAAGCCAAGCAGUUACUGGAAAAGGAAGAAGGACGACUCCGCCUUACGACUCUGCAGGCCACGGGAGAUAUCUAUGUGAUGACGUGUGUCAUGGGGAAGGAUCGACUCGGGUGGAAGUUGUUGGUGGAUAUUGCAGACAGCGUUCGGGAGUUUCAAUCCAAACGAAACCGACUAAUAUCAGACGCCGGGGAACAAAGCGAGGAAAUGCGGCUCGCCAUAGACAAAACGAUCUUGGGAUUGUUUAACCUCGAACCAACAUCCACUCUAAGCCUCCAGAAACCUCCGGUCAUGAAAAAGCCCGAUAUCAAGCGGUUACCUGAAGACCAUCACCCGGCAGAUGUCUGGGUUCCAUACCCAUUGCAGGAAGACCCUCGACCGGCUCACACUAAUUGUGUCAUCAAUGCAUUGUAUGAUUUGCAGGUGAUCGCUUGGGAUAUAGCGAACUACUUCUUUGGUGAUAAGGAGUCGGAAAAUAACGGAAUGCCACCGUACUCCGAACUCGAACGAAUCAUUGACGAAUUUUACGGUCGCUUGCAGAAUUGGGCGAACAAUGUCUCCGAGUGUGUCUCUUUGGGUCAUACGCCGAACCCAGGGGCUAUAGACCUGCACAUGAGAUACCACGUAACCAUAAUGACCCUCUUCGGCUACCUGAAAGGACACCCAGAAGCCGCCGAAUCCUCCUUCGAAUCCAUCCGACAAGGUCAGGCCAUCCGAAUCAAAUCCGCCCACGGGAUGAGCGACUUGUUGAGCAUCCUGCGCUCCCAAUACCCGAUGAUCUGCAUGCCACUCAACUGCAUGCACUUCUCAACGGUCGCUUUAUUCACGCUAUUCGAGGACCUCGACAACCCCGAAAACAGCCGCGCAUUUGUCAACGCCUGCAUCUCUCUGCGCGGUCUGGCACGUCGAUGGGUCCUGGCAAAAGGGAUGCUGCGACUGGUCCAAGUCACGGCUCUACAGCAAGAAAUUAAUCUCCCCGAGGAAACCCGUAGUCUUUUCCGGGACUUUGAAGCCGAGUCUUGGAAGGUUAAGGAUUAUACGCAAUUUAGCAGUCUGUAUCCGAACUUUGCCGUCACUGUCCAUGGAAACCCCGGUUCCUUGGAGUCGGCGGAGUUGGACCGGUUCUUGGAAAAGUGGGACAACAUGACCCUGUCUGCUGAGACUUCAGAGACGACCACACCGGAGUCAGAUCGGAAGGAUACCUAGUUGUGUAUUGCUUUUGUGAGUAAGUCUAUUUUUGGGAGGAUAAGAAGAAACCUG